AUGGCCUGUUCCAACGCCGAUUCUAACAUCUUGACUGCUCUGGCAAGCCAACUACGUCUUUCUGCCACCCUGGAAAUCAAUGAGCUUAUUCAACGACGGGUAGCUAAUGGGCAUAAAGUUGUUCAUUUGGGAUUUGGAGAAGCCACGUUUCCAAUUCAGCCAAAUGUCGUUGCAGCUCACAGGCAAGCCAGUGAUAUCACUAGCUACCUCCCUGUGGCGGGACUGAUGAAAUUAAGAGAGGUGUGUAUAGUGGCCAUGGCAAAGCACUUCGUUUGCAAGUCUAUUGCCAAUUUUCAAUCUCGCCGUCUCAAUUAUACCAUUUCUCCACACCAAGUUAUUGUAGCUCCGGGAUCUAAGCCAUUGCUGUUUGCGCUGUUGGAUAUUCUCCAAGGAGAUGUGCUAUUGCCGCGACCAUCGUGGGUUAGUUACGAACCACAAAUUCUUCACGCCAGCAAGCGGGUUUUUUGGGUGGAGACGGAUGAAGUGGAUCGCCAUACUAUCACAGAGUCUUCACUUGAAAUGGCUUUCCAAAGGGGAGUCAGUGAAGGCGGAAAUCCUCAAGUUAUGCUUAUUAAUAGUCCAUCCAAUCCAACUGGUCAGGCAUUUAACCAUCAUAAUAUCGAUACCAUCACAAACUUUUGCCAGCGCCAUAAUAUCACUCUCAUCAGUGAUGAAAUAUACUCGGAUAUAAGCUUCUCCAAGGAAUAUAGCGCUACCCCUUGCUCGGGGUCCAAAUUCAAUGAUAACAGGAAGAUCCUAACUGGAGGGCUUUCAAAGGUAAAUUCCUUCCUGGGAAGAGAUUGGCAAAGAUGGUGCAUGAGUAACAAAAUCAUAGACUUAUUCUGCCGGGGGUUGGAGAAUAGGCUAUGCGAUUUUCCCUAA